UUCGCCGCCACUAGUGUUGGUGCUUUUUCUCUGCUCUUCUGCUCUUCUGCUCUCGUCGCUCCGAGUCUUUGCAUAUGCUGUCAUGAUCCUUUAAUCGCCCUUCCAUUCCUGUGAUGUUUUUCUUUUGUCGGGACGCUUCUAUAUAAUUAAUUUAUUUCCCUUCCAUGUCUCACUAAUCCAUCCCGCCCUUGCCAGUCGCAUCGGUCCGCAGGAUCUAAUAAUAUUCAACCAUGGCACACAACGGUGAAUCGGUCGCGUGGAAUCCGGCCCUCCGACCGGACGAUAACAAUGAUCUGGCUGCGACAUCUCACAACGCGGAGGUCACCCCGAAGGACCCGACAACAGAAGUUACUCCCGACGCGCCUGUCGCCCCCGAGAUAGUCGAGACUCUCGUCGAACCCACGGUAUCCGAGCUCGAUCCAUCGAUAGAUCUGCCAGACACGAUUAUCCCGGAUACGACUGACUCCAACAAUUUCCCGCCGGUAUUUGAAAACUCGAAUCUGGACGAAUCACUGGAGAACAAUGGUGAUGAGUGGGCGGCGCAAUUCAAUGACGGUGAACCGGCCCAAAUCGCCGAGGAGGAAUCCGUCCCUCAACUAGAUGGCGUGAAUGAGCCGCAACCCGAAGUUGAAGAUGUGCAGGCUGCUUUCCCCCAACCAGCCGAAGAACCCUUCCAGACGGCCGAUCAGAACCCGAAUCCCUUCGCGGAUGAUAACAGCUCGCCGUGGCCCAAUGAGCCCGAAAACCAGGAAUUCCCCCAAAAUACGAACGGAGAUCUUGACAGCGAAGAUCGUGGCUUCUGGGAGAAUCCUUCAAAUGAUGACGCCGGGGAUGACUUCUUCGAUCAGCUCAAGACGCAAACCAAACCGAUUUACAUACCGCCAGAAACCGAGUCGAGAUUUGAAGAGGGUGUUCCGCUCCUGGACGACUCGGUACCACCUUCGGCUGUGCAAUCUCCGGUUGAAGAACCGGUAAAGCAACAAAGUCAAAUCGACAGUAUCUUUGCCGGCGACGACGAGGACCAGGAGGAGGGCGCGUUUUUUAAUGAGGUUCAGAAGUCGGAACCCGUCGAAGAACAACCCCAAUCGUUGCACAUUACUCGGAAGAGCACCACUCAAGUACUCGACUCUCUGGAUGUCCCGCCGUAUUCCCCGGCCAGCGACACGUCACCAACCGCUCAAGAGUUCAACAAUAUUCUGGCGGCCGCUGCCUCGGAGAACCACGCUGUACCAGAGGACCAAGCCAAAAGCGUAUCGUCUGAUGAUGAUUUGGCCGCUCGCUGGCAGGCUGAACUGUCGGACGACCCAGUGGAGACAGAAAAAGCCCCCGAAGACGACUUGGCUGCUCGAUGGCAAGCAGAAUUGGACGAUGACGAUGAUCUGCUUUUGGGGGAUGAAGUGGAUGAGAAGCCAGCUGCCGUCCCCAGCGCCAACCAUCAAGGCAUGAAUGGAGUUGUCCCGGAUGCUGCUCCGGCAGGCUUUGGGUCCCCCUUUGCGCCUCCACACCAACCCACUGCUCCUAGUGUACAGCCUGCCUCCUACACGCCACAUCAACCAUCCACAUCAGACCUGCUCCAAGGGAUUCCACCACCCCCAGUAGGUAGAGCUCCGUCGAACUACUUUGCACACCAACCUCAGUCAAGUUCGCCAGAAGUCAAAGCACCAAGCUUUGCGGAACGUUCGAAGGAGGGAUACAAGUCUCCCUACGAUCUUCCCGACGAUCUCGCUCGGCCUCGUAGGCCUGCUGCCAGCUAUAAACCUGUCGUUGUCCCGGGGAGUAACGCACCGCCACCUGCCCGGAGCAGUAGUAUGCCAAUGCCGCCUCCCUCAUCCGCUCUACCGACUCCUUCACUUGGGACAUCGCCUAGUGUAACGGCCGCACCGCCCAAGAACUUCUAUGAAGAACUUCCUUUGCCACCUCCGAUGCCACGCUCACGACCUCCGACCGCAGGACGCUAUACCCCUGAGGUCAACGCAGCGGCUGCUCCACCUGCACAUAUGCCCCCUCCGCAGGCAAAUCAGUAUGGCAACCUUUCUGCUGCCUUGCAACAGCCUGGCAUAGUCGACACUCAGCAUCAGUUGCAAUCACCAGAACGAGUUGAGCCAUAUGCGAAUAUGUUGGCUCCUGCCCCUCCAAGUACACAGGGCGCCCCUAGCGCUGCGUCGAGAUACUCGCCUAAGCCUCCUACGCUGAAUGCUGGUGCUAGGCCCGCUCCGUCGCCUAGAUAUUCGCCUGCGCCGCCUCAAUCGACUGCCCCUCCUCCCCCUAAGAACCGCUAUGCCUCGCAGCCUUCGAGUGGGCCGGAGCCCUCAAUUACCCUUCCAUUCCAACCACGCACAUCAAGCCCUCUAGCUUACCACGAGAAGGUUUCGUACCAGCCCAGGGAGGGCCCGGCAAGGCAACCUUUCAUGGAGUCAGAAGCUAGUUAUGCUUUCCCCGAAGAGGUGCAGCCACCGUCACAAGAGCAGGAGGGCACCCUUCCCGUACAUCCUCCUCAGCCCCAUGACGCUGUGACUUCAAGUCCCAUCAAAAUUGCCAGUCCUGAGCGCAUCCCGUCAAUUUAUCAACCCGUCUCGCCGCCGAGGAAUCCUUAUGCUCCGCCUGAGUAUACCAAUGAUGGCUUGAAGGGACCAGCGCCCCCAGUCAGUAGCUUAUCUUCUUCCGCACCGCCGGCCGGUGAUUCCCCAUAUGCGCCCCCUCGCCGAUCGCAGACCCAGUCUCCUGGUCAGCAAUUGGGUGGCCCUAGAUUGUCUGUUCCGUCAAUUGAUCCUCUACAGCGUCCCGCCUCCGUGCACGGCUCCGGAUCUCCGACAAAGACUGCUAGUCCUUACGCACCUUCGCAGGUCUCUGUCCACAAUCGCGUUUCUUCUCAACCGCUCGAAUUUAUUCCCCCCGAAGACGGCCAGCAGCUCGACCCCCUCGAACGAUGGAGGGGUGCUCCUAUAGUCAAAUUUGGGUUCGGUGGUUCCAUAACCACCUGUUUUCCAAAGCAUAUACCCAGGUAUACUGCUGGACAAGUGGCCCCGAAAAUUAAAUCCAGCCCGGGCGAGGUUCAAAUCCACCAAUUCAAUGAAUGGGUCCCUGUUCCGGAAAGCAUCGUGCAACACCCAGGUCCUUUGAAAACCAAGUCCAAGAAGAAGGACCUGCUCGCUUGGCUCUCUAGCAAAGUGGUGGCAUUUGAGAAUGAAGGAAUCUCGGAAGCAGCACAACUACACCCGGACUCCCACAAACGCCAUGAUGAAAAGAUAUUGCUGUGGAAGAUUGUCAAGGUUCUGGUCGAACAUGACGGAAACUUGGAAGGCUCAGCGGAUACCCAAAAGUCCUUACGCAAUGUCAUCUUCCCGCAUUUGCAAAACGCCGAGAGUGAGCAACAGAACUACGGAGGCGGCUUCCCUACAUUCGGUAACCCACAGUCAAUGGAUGCGACGUCUCGUCCCGAUUCCAUCGACACUCAAUCACUAGAGAGCCUUCGCAGCAGUCUUUUGAUGGGUGACCGAGAAAAGGCUGUAUGGACUGCAGUGGACCACCGGUUGUGGGGCCAUGCCAUGAUAGUAGCAUCGACACUAGAUAAAUCUGUUUGGAAGCAGGUUGCUCAGGAGUUUGUGAGACGGGAGGUGAGAUCUGCGACCAGCAAUACUGAGCCUAUUGCCGCACUUUAUGAGAUAUUCGCUGGUAAUAUCGAAGAGAGCAUCGACGAACUUGUUCCGCCAUCAGCCCGAGCUGGACUGCAAAUGGUUAGCAAGGUGGAAGGCCAAAGUACUUCCAAGAAUGCUCUUGAUGGCCUCAACAGUUGGAAAGAGACUCUUGGCCUAGUGCUCAGCAACCGCAGCCCCGAUGAUCACCAGGCAUUGUUGGCUCUGGGUCGUUUGCUGCUAUCCUAUGGCCGUGUAGAGGCUGCUCACAUCUGCUUUAUCUUCUCAAGAGCCGCUGUGUUUGGCGGCGCUGAUGACCCGCAGACGAGCGUUGUUCUGCUUGGGGCUGAUCAUCAACACCUCCCCUCUAAUGUUCUGCGCGAUGACGAUUCUAUCCUACUCACCGAGGCAUAUGAGUAUGCCACCACGGUCCUUGCAGGCUCUCCCACAGCUGCGAUGCCCCAUCUGCUGGCAUACAAACUAAUAUAUGCUUGGUCUCUUGCAGAACGUGGUUCUAAGACUGAGGCUCAGCAGUAUUGCGAUGGAAUCGCGGCAGCACUGAAGGCUACCACGAAGCCUUCCGCUUAUCACCACCAGCACUUAUUCUUUGGGGUGGAUGAACUUUCAGCCCGUCUCAGACAGACAACGCAUGAGGGAGGCUCUUCAUGGAUAUCCAAGCCGAGCAUGGAGAAGGUAUCCGGCUCCAUGUGGGCCAAGUUUAACAGCUUCGUCUCCGGCGAAGACAGCGACGCAGCCUCGACAGGCUCUGGAAAGGCCGGAGAUGCAGAUGUUGGACCCUUCGCCAAACUUGCCGGGACGCCGACCGUUAGCCGGUCACCGUCAAUGUCAGACCUGUAUGGACCCUAUGCUUCUGCAGCACCGUCUGUCCCAGCGAGUGGUCCAUCGCGAUACCAACCUGCCAAUCCAUAUGCGCCCAAUUCAUCGCCGGAACAGCUGCGUGGGAGGUCUUCGCUUGACUCCCAGCGGUCUUCCUCAUACGGGUACCCAGCGGGGCGACGUGGCUCCCAGGAGCCAUCGACGCCAGUCGAUAACAACCUGUACCAAGGAGGACCAUUUUAUAACUCACCGCCUGUCGCUGGCUACCAGGGAACGCCUCCACAGACUUCACACAUGCCUCUGGCCCCUGUCGAGGAGGAUUCGGUCUCCCAAUCUUACUCUGCACCGAUGCAGGGAUCUCCGAUGAAUGUUACGCCUUACCAGCCAACCGGAAACCUUCCGUUCGGUCCAUCUCUCACGCAGCCACCAACCUCGGAACCCGAACCCAGCGGGACUGGCUACAUGCCACCCAGUGCGGGUGGUGGUUACGAGCCACCGUUUUUGGACAACAGCACGCACUUGAUGCCCGAACCUGCAGAUGAUGCUCAGGGCGAACACACUAUCCAGAAAAAGAAGUCUUUCAUGGAUGAUGACGAGGAUGACGACAUUGGAGCCCGUGCAGCAGCUGUUCAGAAGGCCGAGAAGGAGCGUAAGGACCGGGAAGCGGACGAAGCUUUCAGAAAGGCUGCCGAGGCCGACGCCCAAAAGCCUGCACCCGCGAAGAAGUCGUGGUUCGGUGGGUGGUUCGGCGGCAAGAAGGAUGAAAACAUCGGAGGCCAAGCACAGGGCCCGGGACCCAUUCGCGCCAAGCUCGGCGAGGAGAACUCAUUCUAUUACGACAAGGACUUGAAGAAAUGGGUCAACAAGAAGGAUCCCAAUAGCAGUACGGUGACUCGGGGCGCUCCGCCGCCGCCGAAAGGACCGGCUCCCCCCAGCCGGACUGCGAGUGGCAGCAGUGCACCACCACCUCCGACUGGCACUCCUGGCCUCGACAGUCGUCCUUCGUCCUCCGCCGGUGCUCCUCCUCCACCGUCAUCCACCGGCAGCCCGGCGCCUCCAUUGCUCGGGGUUCCACCUCCGUUACUCGGGGCGACCGCCCGAUCAGUCUCCACUGGCGCCGCUGUUCCCACUCCACCAGGCAGCGCCAUGGGCUUGCCACCGCCACCUCGUCCUGCUACUUCGCUGAGCAACGCCAGCUCCAUCGAUGACCUCCUCGGAGCCCCGCAGGCGCGCAAGGGCGGCGCUGCCAAGGGCAAAAAGAAAGGCAGAUAUGUCGACGUGAUGGCCAAAUAAGAUGAUUGAUGAUAUCUGCGUGUUUGGACCGUUUUCAUCCGGGUCUUUGAUUGAGUGCCUAAUGUCUCACGAUUCCCCUUUAUUGCACAUCCCUUUCAACAUCCAACAUUUGCACACAGUGAAGCGCAUCUGGACUUUUGGUCCUGGUUAUAGAAUUCUUGAAGCCUUUGCGAAAAGUCUUGCAUACCGUGUUCUCCUAAAGGAACACAGCCGUUCUUCGGGUGUUCUUGCUUGACUUUCUUCUUCAUGUACUUUAUAUGUUUGCAUUACAUACUUUUUUUCUUCUGCGUUGUGUUGCUGGUUUAUUUCCUUUGUCUUGACCACUUUGAUUUUCAUUUGGGACACGAUUCUUGUGGAUUCAUUUGUUUCACGAAGCAUGGUUUGAAAUAUGCGGACGGUUUAAUAUCACUAUAAUAAUAUCAUCAUUGCUAUG